AUGGCGGGCGUGAAGGCGAAGAUCGCACCGUCCAUGUUGUCCUCGGACUUUGCGAACCUGGCGUCGGAGGCGGAGCGGAUGCUCAGCAGCGGGGCAGACUGGCUCCACAUGGACAUCAUGGUGUGUUUAUGCUGGAAUUCUCUCCUCUUUGGGCGAGCUCCUUGAGCUUUUCUGGUUGUCUGUGACUGCAUUCUGGUUGAAAUUUUAUGUUCACUAUUCCGCCGAGAAAGUUUCUGUUGGUUUAGGGGGAUGUUUGCCGGGGAGAAAUAAUGGUGGCCGUCUUUACCUGUUCUUGUUCAAUUUAGCUGCUCGUGCCGGGUAGAAUGGGUGGUACAAUCGACAAGUCGCUGGAUUCUUUCGAUGGAGAUAGAAUACUUACCAUGAAGUUUAAUGCUCUGUUUUUCUCCGCAUCAACCUUUAGAUACGAUACGGUCAUUCAACUUUCCGUGAUUAUUCAAAGGGUCCGGCCUACUUAAUUCGAUAAUUUCUAGAACCUUUAGUGUUUACUUUCAAAUCAGGAGUUUUGGCUGUAAUCUGUCACCGAUGUGCCCGGCUCGGAAUCAUCUGUAUCAAAUAUUUUGAAAAAAUCUAGUUUGAAAGGAUCCCUUGCCCCUAUUGUGCUAUCUUCUCGUACAUCUCAAGUAUUUCAGUUCCCAGAAUGUUUUCAGAAUGUUUCUUUUUUUUGCAAAUCCUUGUCUUGUAAACAACCAUAUUUAGAAAAAAAAAUCUCGAGUAAGAGGUUCAAAAAAUGUGUAUUGGUACGAAUUUUAUGAGCAUGACUAAAAUAAUUUGUCCCUUCGAAAAUCUUGAAGGAAGUGGGUAGACACUUGAGUUAUAUUUUUUAAUUAACACAAAGUAGUGUAAUAUUUAUUUAAAUCAUAGCGGAAGGCAACAGUUAAAAGAAAGAGCGGAGUCGUACGAAAACUUGAUCAUUGCCCAACUACUUCUCUGUCUUUUCUCUCUUUUCUGCCCCUACGAUAAAAAACCACCUGUUUUUAGCUUACAACACAUUUUAGAAUGCUUAUAAUAAUUUUUUCCCUUUUGCAGGAUGGGUAAGUGAUGGUGCUGGCCUGGCAACUUGUAAUCCCAUACCCUUUUCUAUAAAAAAAUUUAUGCAUUGUGUCUCAUGGAGAUGUAUUCAUUUACAAAUAUGCUUGUGUUGUCUUUCUAGUGUGCAUAGUUGAUGGUGAGUACCAUACAUAUUUAUCAGAACAUGGAAAUCGUAAGUUACUGCCUCUGGAACGUAAAUGAAGUGCUACCCUUAUGUUAUGUUGUUUUUGAGAACACUAUCGUAAAACUAAUCAAUUUCGAGUUGAUAUCACACCCUACAGAGAUUGUUUUAUAAUUUAGGAUAAAUAAUUUUGAUGCACGUUUCUGGAAGUUGCCAAUUAUUUGAAGAAAUUUUAAAAAAUUAUCAUCUACUAUGAAAUGUAUUAAUCCUGUAGCUUCGACCUAAUGCAGCCAUCCAUAACCUGUUCUUAGUGGAGUAAUUGGAUUUCGAUUCAUUCAUUGCCUAGUAUUUCUCCUAGAUAAACAUUUCAGCUGAUCCCCAGGGAUUCCUGACACUGUACCCAUACAUUCACUGUGCAUUUAGUAGUAAUCGUUGAACGAUGUCAAUACAUUGUGACUUAUCCAGGAUUUUAGAUUUCACAUUUGGUAUUACCGAGAUCAGAUUUAUGUGUUAAGACUUGCAAAGUUGUAUGAUGAUGAAGUCAUUAUGUUUAGCUGUUAAAAUUUGUAUAACAAUGUCACAAAAGUUUUAUUUGGACAAUCAGUGAUCUGUUUGACAUUUGUGGUGUCUACAACCUCACAACCUCCUGAUAAAAUUGCGGAAAACUUAAAUGCAUUGACGGUGACGAUGAUGAAGAAAAACAUGUAACGUUUACCUGCUGUCAAACAUCUUUAGUUUGUUUUUUCUUCUUAUCUGAAGGAAACCUUUAUAUGUUUGGCCUUUCACUUCAUAUUUCUCUACUCGAAUAAAUUUUAUUUUUCCUCUUAUCUUAAGGUAACCUUUGUAUGCUUGACCUUUUCGUUAAGCAUUUAGGUAUUCUCUUCCUUCCAAAAUGUCAAUACUUAAAACUCAGAAUUUAUAAUGACAGUCUAGGAUCUCCCAUUUUAUGUCAUAUUUCUCUACUCGAAUAAAUGGAAUUUUUGGGCUCGAUGAUAUGGUUGAUGUUCUGAUGGAUCAUUUUUUUCCCCUUUAUUUGCAGCCAUUUUGUACCCAAUUUAACGAUUGGUGCUCCUGUGAUUGAGAGUUUGAGGAAACAUACGAAGUAAUUUUCCAUUCUGUGCCAAUAUAUACAGGUUAUAUAAAAUGCGACUGUUGGAAUCUGACAGCGGUGUUUUUUUUCCUUCCCUGUCAGAGGAUAUCUAGAUUGCCAUCUUAUGGUUACAAAUCCUAUAGACUAUAUUGAUCCAUUAUCCAAAGCAGGUGCAUCAGGAUUUACAUUUCACGUUGAGGUGGCCAAAGGUAUAUCUUAGUUUUUGUCUCCGUCAUUUAACUGAUUUUAUUGCUUACCUUUCUUAUAUAAGACUGGAUGCUGUUCCAGAUAAUUGGCAAGAACUUAUUCAAAAGAUUAAGUCUAAAGGAAUGCAUCCUGGUGUGGCAUUGAAGCCUAAUACUCCAGUGGAAGAGGUUUAUCCUUUGGUAUGAUUUUCCCUAGUCUACAAUAUCUGAUAAUAUAUCCCUUUUGACAAAUUUCUGAAUGAAUGGCGUGCCCAAACUUAGUACAUUACGGUAGGCAUUGACAAUAAGCGAUCUGAUUUAAUUUUAUUUCUAAUUUUUUCCGGGGAGCUGUUUUGGGUGGGGGGGAGGAGGAGAGGUUUUUGGUUCCUCCCGAAUGACUUUAUAUGUUAAUGAUUCCCAAAAGUUUUGCCAGAUCAGGUGACUUAAAAGGCUCAAUUUCCCUGGAAUCACUUAUUUUUUUUAAUCACCCAGAAAUUGGCUGAUCUAUCUCUGAUUGGCUAGUUUCCCUGACCGAUUCAAUAUGGCUAGGCUGAACUAAAUGGUUGGCUGAAUAGGUCUUUUGAAGACUCACAUUGGGCGAUUUGACCAAUCUGGAUUGGAUCAAUUCCAAUCGCCAUAUUAUUACACAAUUGUGAGUUUGAUUGCAUUGUGUUAACUGGUGGUUUUAAGGCCAUGAAAAUGGAUGACCUCGUGCAACAUUAUGACUCUUGUCAAGUUUUGAAAUAGUGGUUAAAUGUGUCAAUCUCUUUUUAUAUCUAAAUGGCUUCUAUAAAUUUUCUAGUUCUACACUGCAUAGUCUUCAGCAAUGAUUUCAAGGUCAGCGAAUGUCUUAAGAAACUUGUGAUUUGGAGUAUGAUGUAAGGAUUUUGAAAGAUAUAUCAAAUGUUGUCAAUUGUAGGUAUAACAUUAAUGUUCCUUCCUAAUAGAACGUAACUCCUUGUGCAGCUCUAAUCCUGUCAAUUCCCUCUUCAAAGACAUCUAUCUAUAAUAUAUUUUUACAGACGGAUCUAUCCGAUAAUAUAUCAAGAAAGGUCAGGAUUUUGUUGCCUGAUGUGGACAACGUUUCGAGAAAGAAAACUGAUACUAGGUGAUAGAAGUUAUGUCCCACUUAAUGCAACCAAAUUACCGGUAUUCUAUCUCAAUGGAACUAUUUAUCUUUUACUUGCCUGGAUAACCUAACUUUAUCCCAUUUUUUCAGAGAAUGGCAAUUAGAUUAAGGGAAAUUGGGUACAACAAAAAUCUGCGUAGUGUCAAAUGGAAAUCCUUGCAGAAAGAUAAGAUGAGAAAAUAAGCAGAAAGAUGUUAAAUUUAGGUUUCACAGUGUACAGUGUCUUAAAACGUGAUAGUGGGUAGUCAGAAUUGGUGACUAUCAAAAAUGUCGCACAAGUGCCACGUCAGCUGUGGGCUCAUAUUUUGGCUGCCAAGUGAGCAUGCUGCCAUGUGGUAGGCAGCUCAACCAACUUUCCACGGAUGGCUCCUUCCACUCGUGUUUUUGUUAUGAGAUCACAUUGUUUUUUUUUUUAAUUCCAUCAGUACUAAUCCACUUGUUGCAGCCUUUUAUUCUUCUUUUUCAACUUUUUUCUUAGUUGAGUGCUUGAUAUGUGUUUUAAGGGCUUCCUGCCCCUAGACAAGGGGUAGUGCUGAUAGCUGAAGGCAGUGGUUGGUAGCUCCACGCCUAAGCCGCCAUGCUCUUUCCUUCUUUAUUUUCUCAGUAUAAAGAAACGAAGGGGCAAGGAGUUAAGCUCCAAAGAAGAAAGAUGAGUACCGUAGGGAAGAAAGAUAUUUGGCAUCUUUUGUUAUAGCAGUCUUGCACACUGUCACCUGGGAAAUGAAUACAUUCUUGGUCUGUCAUGUUUGACUGGAGCUCUCUUGUAUACUUGUCCAAAUUUCAACCCAGAAGAUUUUCUCUUUCUUCCUCUUUCCAAUGCUCUUUAUAUCAAUUUACUCCAACUGGUGGCGAAUAGGAAACUUCAUGACUGUACGCUGAACCCAUUGGCAGAGACUUGUAGCUGACAAUCUUGGAACAAACAGCCCAUCGACUAUGUUCUUCUUGAUGAUAGGAAUCAAACAGACAAAUGACCCUCAGUUUUGAUGCUUCGGGGCCCUGAUUUCAACAAUGUGGAAAGGCCUUCACGACCCUCUUGGAGAAAGUUAAGAGUAUAAAUUUUCAUUCGAAAGACCUCCUCUAGGAGAAAGAACUUCAUAACCCUCUCGGCAUCAGGUUUAGCCUGCUAUUUAUGGGAGGAGCACGCUAUCUGAUGGGCUGGAAUUUCGGCCUCAUAUGCUCCUAGAAAGAGUAGAGAAAACGUUGGGAUACCCUAGAAUCUUAGAUAGACCCUCUAAAUGCUCCAAGAAAUAGCCUAGAUAGUCAAGUAUGCGAAAAUCAGCAGAAAAAAAUUCAAAAACUAUAUUAUUCACCAAGUCCAGUCAUGUGCUCAUUUCAAUUGUGGGCCUUGACUGAUGCAUGAUCGACUCCAAUGUCCUCGUCAGUUUUAUGACGAUCUUAAAUUAUUACUAUCUUUUGAUCUGUAAUCCGUAAGAUGAUCAUGUUUUAAUAAAUAUCACCCAUAUUCCAGGACCAUACAAGCCUGUUACAUGAAAUGCACCAAAGCCAAAGCAAGCCACUCCUGAAAGAAAUAAAUGAAUUCCAAAGAUUUUGGGCAAAUCCAUCGCAUUGAAAAACCCCAUACGUUUAUCUCUGACGACACCUGAGAAUAGAAUAUUUAUAUAACGUAGAGCUUUGGUCUGUCAAAUUCUUAUUCGUCAGGUUCUUGCAGAGAGGUUUUGGAAGGCUCUUUCUUGACACAAGUUAAUAGCAAUUUUUAAAUUCUAGCUGCUAUUUUUUUUAUAUAGUUCCCUACAAAAAAAGGAAAUUAUAAAUUGAUUUCGAUUUCAUCCUUCACAGGUUGAACAUGAAGAUCCCGUGGAACUGGUGCUUGUCAUGACCGUGGAACCUGGCUUUGGUGGCCAAAAGUUUAUGCCAGAAAUGAUGGAGAAGGCAUGAUUCCAACUUCUCUCAUUCAUUUCCAGAGCACCCCUCAUUGUUCUAUGUUGUAGAACAUUUCAAUUGCUUAAUUAAAUAUUUUUCUAAUAAAUGACGAUUGUGCAUAUCUGAACAGGUACGCUCAUUGAGAAAUAAAUACCCUACUCUCGAUAUAGAGGUAAUUUUUUUUCUUCCCCUCUGCAUUUUUCUUCUGAACCUGUAUUCCAAUCUUCAAUCCAAAUGCCAUUAUCCCUAUUAACUAGCCUCUUCAGAUCAAACAAGAGAAACACAAAGUAGAAAUAUUUUAACCUGAAUAAAUAUUAUAUCACGCAUUAAAUUGCAGAAUUGGAUCGUUUUAAAUCAAGAGACAAGAUCCCCAACACUUUUCUUUGAUGAGUUUGCGAUUACCUUGAAAUGAAGAUCCCAAUGUUGGGCAUCAGUUUUAGGCAAAAUAUAUGAACCAAAUAAUUAUCUCCUCUGCAUAACGUGCACAUGAUGCUUGUUUCUCCUCAGUAUCUUAAUUUCCGUCAGACAUAUAUGAUUAGUUUUAAUUUGCUUCAAGGUUCUCCAUUUUCCAGUGAUGAUACUAUUUUAUCCUUUCCUCAUAUGUUCCUUCCUUUCCCAACUUAGACCCUGAAGCCUGAAAACUUCUUCUGAAUGCCCACCGUCGAAAGGCCUGGCCUGGUCUAUCAAUGACUCCACUUCCAUUGAUAUGUACAGUGCUCAUCCCUUUCAAAUAUCUGAACCUUCUCAGCUUCUGUUGUUCUUCGAAUUGACUGCCCUUCCUCCACUCCAGCCCACCAUUUGAGAACCUUACUAAAACCCUCAGGCUCUUCGCCAAUGGAACUCCUCAUUGAGACAAUGAGCAAUGCCCUCUUGGCUCGUUGUAUGAGGGAGAAAUAGUUACAGAAUAUCAAUCACAGAAAGCUCUGUAGAAACAUUCACAAUCUUCACCUUCAAGCUGUUCUCCAGUGGAACUCCUCAUGGAGACAUUGAGCAAUGCCCUCUUGGUGGCAGAGUAUCAAUCACAAAGGCUCCCCAUUUUCUUCUUAUGGAAAGCAUGGAAAGCUCUGUAGAAACCCUCACAAUCUUCACCCUCAGGCUGCUCUCCAGUGGAACUCCUCAUGGAGACAUUGAGCAAUGCCUUCUUGGUUGCAGAAUAUCAAUCAAAAAGGCUCCCCAUUUUCUUCUUAUGAAAAACAAGAAAAGCUCUGUAAAACCCCUCACAAUCUUCACCCUCUCUUCUCAUCUCCAUGCCUAAUUUUUGUAAAAUGAUGAAGGUCGACGGCGGAUUGGGCCCUGCAACCAUCGACGUGGCCGCAUCAGCCGGAGCAAACUGCAUAGUGGCCGGGAGCUCAGUGUUCGGUGCAGCAGUGCCGGCCCAGGUCAUAUCCACUCUGCGGAAUAGCGUGGAAGCUGCCCAGCUGCCCAGCAGCUGA